UUGCGACGUUGGCAACAUUGCCCAACACAAGGUCGUCGUGAAUCUCUUGUCAAAAACCUGUGCACCAGCUUUUUCGCAACUUUUCGUCACAAAAUCCCCGAACGUGUGAGCGAACCUUGAGACGCCAGCGAGGAAAACACAACCCCAUGUAAACGUCGAUGAAAUUCUCUCAUGAUGUCAGGCCUAAAAGAUAUUACCCGCUACAACAGCAGCAACUACACCAGUCGAGAUAGCAGCUCGGAAACCGACUCUGAUGAAGGCAGACGCAGAUGCUUCAAGAGUUCUUCCUGGUCCAGGUCGCCGAGGCAGCAGCUAGCCAAACUGGAGUACAUGCAGGCUGGCACUGAGGCCGGCGCCACUGGCUCCUCGUGCCAGGGUCUCUGCCUCAACGAUGAUAGACUCGUCCUCAUCGUGGACAACACCAGGUUCGUCGUGGACCCUGCCCUAUUCACAGCCCACCCCAACACAAUGCUCGGAAGGAUGUUCACGUCUGGCAUUGAGUUCGUGAGGCCCAACGAGCGAGGCGAGUAUGAAGUGGCUGAGGGAAUGAGCGCCACUGUGUUCAGGUCGAUUCUCGACUACUACAACCACGGUGUGAUUCGCUGCCCGCCAACUGUGUCGGUGCAGGAACUGAGAGAGGCUUGCGACUACCUUCUCGUCCCCUUCGAUGCCAGCACUGUCAAAUGCCAAAACUUAAGAGGCCUGCUGCAUGAACUGAGCAACGAAGGGGCGAGGGCUCAAAUGGAGAAGUUUCUCGAGGAGUUAGUGCUUCCACUGAUGGUUGCUAGCGCUCGCAGGGGAGACAGGGAGUGCCAUGUUGUGAUUCUCCUGGACGACGACUUUGUCGACUGGGACGAAAAGUAUCCACCCCAGAUGGGAGAGGAGUAUUCUCAGACUGUGAAUAGCACUGCCAUGUACCGCUUCUUCAAGUACAUCGAAAAUCGAGACGUGGCGAAGCAAGUGUUGAAGGAGAGAGGAUUGAAGAAAAUUAGACUGGGCAUUGAAGGCUACCCCACCUACAAGGAGAAGGUGAAGCGCAGGCCAGGAGGCAGAUCUGAAGUCAUUUACAAUUACGUGCAAAGGCCAUUCAUUCACAUGAGCUGGGAGAAGGAGGAGGCAAAGAGCCGACAUGUUGACUUCCAGUGCGUCAAAUCUAAGUCAGUGACAAACCUGGCUGAGGCGACAGCCGACCCAGCAAUCGACCUUCCGCCAGCAGCCACAGUUGACGUGGACCUUGUGGCGCCUCCACAGCCGCAGCACCUGCUUCUGCAGGACAACGAAGGCGACCCCCUGGCCAACCCUGACGCCCCGGCAUAGAGGUGCGCCGCCAUCUCAUUUUUCGCUCCGCUUUCGUACUUCUUUUGUUCUAUAAGUUGAGCUUUCUGCUGCGAUGAUCGUGCGGUUUAAUUAAUGAGGAAAGCUGCAACACGGAUUAUUCCCAAUUCCUGUGUUCUUAUUUGAUUGCUGGGUAAAAAAUGAGAUGCAACAACAAAAGGCUAGCUAGUUCACAUUGAGAGAAAGUGAGAAAGUAAUCAUUAUUUGAGAGGACCAGAGAUAUAACCUAUAUUUUAUUGAGAGAUGAAAUUGAAAGAAAGUCUUUGUAAAUGUUGGUUACAUUUAUUAAAAUUGAAGCACAAAUCUAUCACGAGUCACAAGUGUUUGAGUGCACUCCAUCAGCUUCAUGCAAACGUUUUUAUGUGUAAUGCGUUGUUUUGUAAAUUAUAAACUGACAAAUACUGUGCCAAAUUUGUAGAAUUAAUUGCGCUUUGUUCGCUGAGUGGUGAAUCUGCAACCGAGGAAAUCUGAAUUGAAAUGGUUUUUGAUACGACCCUCAGAAUCCAGUAAUUUAUCCUAGUAGUGGGAAAAUUGCGCAACUUUCAACAACCAAACGCGAAUUUGUUGCAAGAAAAAGGCAAAAAUCAAUUUGACAAUGAAAAUUUGGGUGUUCGUUGAGCGAUGGACAACUAUACCGCGACCAGGCAGAAUUGUUUCUUGGUAUUAAUUUCGAUUCUGCCUCUGUUUUGUAUGUAUUUUUGACGAAAAAGGGAUUCUAUGUGUAAAAAAGCUAAUUUAUGGCCUACUGCAAGAUAUAAAAGUUCAUAAUGCAUCAUAUAAAUGGAUGAUCAAUGUUAUUUUGUGCAAAUACUGAAUCAUAUUAUCUCGGAACAACAUAACGGAAAGCUUUUGAGUCAUGUAAUUGCGAAUUCACACUACAAUAAAAAUCGAGAAUUUUAUCCGCA